GUGUGGCGUUUUUUUUUAGCGCGUCCGGCGUCUAGGUGCGAAUUAUUAUUAGUAAAUUUACUUAAGUUACUGAUUUUCUGCAGUUGAAGUUAGUAGUCCAGAAUUUUGAAAAAACUACAGAAUGUCGCAUCAUUAUGUGGUGACAGCGCAAAAGCCCACAGCCGUUGUAGCUUGUUUGACCGGCAAUUUCACGUCCCCCACAGACCUUAAUUUGAUCAUUGCGCGCAAUAAUCAGGUGGAAAUUGAUUUGGUUACUCCGGAGGGCUUGCGUCCACUCAAAGAGAUCAACAUAAAUGGCGCCAUCGCGGUGAUGCGCCACUUUCGUCCGCCGGACAGCAAUAAAGACUUGCUGUUCAUUUUGACACGCCGAUACAAUGUCAUGAUAUUGGAAUGUCGCAUGGUGGGGGACUCCAUAACUGUCAUUACCAAAGCUAACGGCAACGUGUCCGACCCGGUUGGCAUACCGUCGGAGGGUGGGGUCAUUGCUGCCAUUGAUCCAAAGGCACGUGUUAUUGGCAUGUGCUUGUAUCAGGGUCUGUUUACCAUAAUACCCAUGGAUAAAGAUGCUAGCGAGUUAAAGGCAACCAACUUGCGCAUGGAUGAGCUAACUGUCUACGAUGUAGAGUUUUUGCACGGUUGCCUCAAUCCCACAGUCAUUGUUAUACAUAUGGACAACGAUGGGCGUCAUGUGAAGUCGCAUGAGAUUAACUUGCGAGAUAAAGAGUUCAUGAAAAUUGCUUGGAAACAGGACAAUGUGGAGACCGAGGCCACUAUGCUCAUACCUGUGCCCUCGCCCAUAGGCGGCGUUGUCGUUAUUGGACGCGAAUCCAUUGUUUAUCAUGAUGGCAGCAAUUAUCAUGCUGUUGCUCCGCUCACCUUUAGGCAGAGCACCAUUAAUUGCUAUGCUCGCGUUGAUAGCAAGGGUCAACGCUAUCUCUUGGGCAACAUGGAUGGACAACUAUAUAUGCUGUUCCUCGGUACGUCCGAAACAAGCAAGGGCACGAUGUCCGUUAAGGAUAUUAAAGUGGAGCAAUUGGGCGAGAUUUCCAUACCCGAAUGUAUUACCUACCUGGAUAAUGGAUUUCUAUACAUUGGCUCACGUCAUGGUGACUCGCAGCUAGUACGCCUUAGCUCUGAUGCUAUUGAUGGCUCUUAUGUAAUACCAGUGGAGAAUUUUACCAAUUUAGCGCCCAUUCUGGAUAUUGCUGUUGUAGAUCUGGACCGCCAGGGCCAGGGUCAGAUUAUUACCUGCUCGGGCAGCUUCAAGGAUGGCUCACUGCGCAUAAUACGCAUUGGUAUUGGAAUACAGGAGCAUGCUUGCAUUGAUUUGCCCGGCAUCAAGGGAAUGUGGUCCCUCAAGGUGGGCAUGGACGAAAGCCCAUAUGAGAAUACUUUGGUGCUGGCAUUUGUGGGUCAUACACGCAUAUUGACACUGUCUGGCGAGGAGGUCGAGGAGACGGAAAUACCUGGUUUCGCCAGCGAUUCCCAAACCUUUUUGUGCGCAAACGUUGAGUAUGAUCAGAUAGUUCAAGUAACAGCCGAAAGCGUGCGUCUGGUUAAGAGUUCCACCAAAUUGUUGGUUGCUGAAUGGCAGCCCGAGGGUGAUCGGUCCAUUGGCGUUGUCUCAUGCAACGGCACACAAAUUGUUGUGGCUUCCGCACGCGACAUUUUCUAUAUUGUCAUCGAGGAUGGUAAUCUAGUGGAAAAAAGCCGUAAAACCUUGGCCUACGAGGUCGCCUGUCUGGACAUAACGCCGCUAGACGAGCAGGAGAACAAAUCCGAUCUGGUAGCUGUAGGUCUUUGGACAGAUAUAUCGGCGGUUAUUUUGUCGCUCCCCGAUUUGGAAGCCAUCUACACUGAGAAGCUAAGCGGGGAAAUCAUACCGCGCUCUAUACUUAUGACAACCUUUGAGGGCAUCCAUUAUUUGCUCUGUGCGUUAGGCGAUGGUUCUAUGUUCUACUUCAUUCUGGACAAGACAAGUGGCCAGCUGACAGAUAAGAAAAAGGUAACGCUGGGAACACAGCCCACAACGCUGCGCACCUUCCGCUCCUUCGCGACAACCAAUGUAUUCGCCUGUUCGGAUCGUCCGACUGUCAUCUACUCCUCCAACCAUAAGCUCGUAUUCUCCAAUGUAAAUUUAAAGGAAGUGAACCAUAUGUGCUCUCUGAAUGCGCAAGCUUAUCCUGAUAGCUUGGCACUAGCCACCAAAUCGUCUGUCAUUCUGGGCACCAUCGAUGAAAUACAAAAGCUGCAUAUUCGCACUGUGCCACUUGGAGAGGGUCCGCGUCGCAUCGCUUAUCAGGAAGCAUCACAGACGUUCGCCGUGUCCACCAUGCGUAUUGAUGUUCACGGACGCGGCGGUGCCAAGCCGAUGAGGAACAGUGCUUCGACACAAGCCCAGAACAUAACUUGUUCGUCCAAUAUUUUGCCCAAGCCUGGUGGAGGCAACCCAACGGCGGCAAAUGCAGAGGUGGGCCAGGAAGUCGAUGUGCACAAUCUGCUGGUUAUCGAUCAAAAUACCUUCGAGGUGUUGCAUGCGCAUCAAUUUGUGCCACCGGAGACUAUAUCAUCACUGAUGUCCGCUAAACUAGGCGAUGAUCCAAACACAUACUACGUGGUGGCCACUUCGCUUGUUUUCCCCGAUGAGCCCGAGCCCAAGGUGGGUCGCAUCAUAAUUUUUCACUACCACGACAACAAGCUUACUCAGGUGGCCGAGACGAAGGUCGAUGGGACCUGCUAUGCGUUAGUCGAGUUCAACGGCAAGGUGUUGGCCGGCAUUGGCAGUUUUGUGCGUCUCUACGAGUGGACCAAUGAGAAAGAGUUGCGCAUGGAGUGCAACAUACAGAAUAUGAUAGCUGCGUUAUAUUUAAAGGCCAAGGGUGACUUUAUACUGGUUGGGGAUCUGAUGCGGUCCAUAACUCUGCUACAGCACAAGCAAAUGGAGGGCAUUUUUGUGGAGAUUGCACGCGACUGUGAACCAAAAUGGAUGCGUGCAGUUGAAAUACUGGAUGAUGAUACGUUUCUUGGCUCCGAAACAAAUGGCAAUCUGUUCGUAUGCCAAAAGGAUAGUGCCGCCACCACAGACGAGGAGCGCCAACUGCUGCCGGAGCUGGCUCGUUUCCAUUUGGGCGACACUGUAAACGUCUUUCGUCAUGGCUCGCUGGUCAUGCAAAACGUGGGGGAGCGCACAACACCCGUUAAUGGGUGCGUCCUCUAUGGCACCUGUAAUGGCGCCAUUGGCAUUGUCACCCAAAUCCCACAGGACUUUUAUGACUUUUUGCAUGGCCUGGAGGAGCGUCUUAAGAAGAUUAUCAAGUCUGUUGGCAAAAUAGAGCAUACGUAUUAUAGAAACUUCCAGAUCCAUACCAAGGUAGAACCCAGCGAAGGCUUCAUUGAUGGCGAUCUGAUUGAGAGCUUUUUAGACUUGACUCGCGAUAAGAUGCGCGAUGCUGUGCUCGGUCUGGAGCUGACGCUGAAUGGCGAACGCAAGUGCGCCGAUGUAGAGGAUGUCAUUAAGAUUGUUGAGGAUUUGACGCGCAUGCAUUAAGAUGCUGCGAUUUGAUUAUAAUAUGUAAAUUAGGUACCAUAUAUCCUGCUAAAUCAGCUGCUUACAAACUUGGUUUGGCAUGUUAACCGUCACGCUUAACACCCAAACUUGAUUUUUCUCAUCUAACAGUAGCAACUGUUUUGCAUAGCCUGUUUAAAGCCCGAGGUUUAACUAUAUGAAUAGCUGAAAUUGUGAUGGGAUACACGACACAGUUUCAAAUAAAGUUUGUAAUUUAAAAAUGUAAA